AUGGGAAUAUUCGAACCUUUUAGGGCCAUUGGAUGCAUAACAAGCGGUGUCCCUGUUUCAGUUCAGAGACUUGGCACCGAAACUUUCGUCACUGUCAGCGUUGGAAAGGCCUUUCAGAUUUUCAACAUAUCACUUGAUCAGAGUUUUAGCCCUAGCUGUAUGAUGCAUCCUGAUACUUACCUAAAUAAGGUUCUCGUUGGGAGCGAGCAAGGUCCUAUGCAGCUUUGGAACGUUAGCACAAAGAAAAAGAUAUUUGAGUUUAAGGGAUGGGAUUCACCGAUCACCUGUUGUGUUUCCUCCCCUGCUCUAGAUGUCGUUGCAGUUGGGUGUGCAGAUGGAAGCAUUCAUGUUCAUAACAUUCGUUAUGAUGAAGAAUUGGUUACAUUUACACAUUCUACACGAGGUUCUGUCACUGCCUUAUCUUUCUGCACUGAUGGGCAACCCCUUCUAGCUUCUGGAGGUUCAUCAGGUGUCAUAAGCGUAUGGAAUCUGGAAAAGAAAAGGCUACAGUCAGUUGUAAGAGAGGCUCAUGAUAGCGUGAUCACAUCACUACAUUUCUUUGCAAAUGAGCCAGUGCUUAUGAGUUCUUCAGCAGAUAAUUCUAUUAAGAUGUGGAUUUUCGAUACGACCGAUGGCGACCCUCGUCUUUUGCGCUUUCGAAGCGGCCAUAGUGCUCCUCCCCUUUGCAUAAAGUUUUAUGCAAAUGGAAGACAUAUUCUCUCUGCUGGUCAGGAUCGUGCAUUUCGGCUUUUCUCUGUAGUUCAGGUUGGUGCCACUAUUAUCUACAAUCAAUAUAAAAAGAUAAAAAAGAAAGAAAGAAAAGGAAUUUUGCAUUUCUCAUAUAGAUCUACGACCACCAAGCUCCUUAAAAUCAAAAUCUCUAUGGUUGAUUUUGCUGGUUUACACUUGAUGUAUUAUAUUAUAAUCUGCUGCUAUCUGUUUCAAAUCCUCUUAUUUCUUGUACAAACUUCAGCUGAAAUUCGAGAACGUGAUUGGUGCAACGUGGUUACUUGUCAUAUGGAUACUGCUCAGACAUAUGUGUGGAGACUUCAAAAUUUUGUUCUUGGUGAACAUAUAUUGAAUCCCUGCCCAGAAAAUCCGACACCUGUAAAGGCUUGCGCCAUCAGUGCAUGUGGCAAUUUCGCCAUCCUAGGGACAGCAGGUGGUUGGAUUGAAAGGUUUAACCUACAAUCUGGACUACCUCGGGGUGCUUACAUUGACAUGUCAGAAUCACUAAGGUGUGCUCAUGACAGUGAAGUGGUUGGAGUCGCAUGUGACUCAACUAACACUCUCAUGAUAAGUGCAGGAUAUCAAGGAGAUAUAAAGGUUUGGGAUUUCAAAGAACGUGAACUUAAAUCCAGAUGGGAGAUCGGUUUUUCUGUUGUUAAGAUUGUUUAUCAUCGUUAUAAUGGUCUCCUGGCUACGGUAGCAAAUGAUUUAGCAAUCAGAUUGUUUGAUGUUGUGGCUCUUAGAUUAGUUCGUAAGUUUGAUGGUCACACUGAUCGCAUAACAGACUUGUGCUUCAGUGAGGAUGGGAAGUGGCUUUUGUCAUCUAGUAUGGAUGGAAGUCUUAGAAUUUGGGAUGUGAUCUUAGCAAGACAGAUAGAUGCAAUUCAUGUUAAUGUGCCUAUUACAGCAUUAUCUCUUUCCCCAAACAUGGAUAUAUUAGCAACUGCUCAUGUUGAUCAAAAUGGGGUAUACCUGUGGGUAAACCAAACAAUGUUCUCUAGUACUUCAACUGUUGAUUCAUAUGCAAGUGGGAAAGAGGUGGUGAGUGUCAAGUUGCCAUCUAUAUCUUCCAUAGAACAUUCUCAAGUUGAGGAGUUGGAUGAGGUGGUGGAUGCUUCUCAACCUAAAGAUGCCCCACAUGUUCCAACUCAAGUUAAUCAAAUACCUGAUUUGGUCACACUCUCACUGCUGCCAAAGAGCCAGUGGCAAAGCUUGAUUAAUUUAGACAUUAUAAAGAUACGCAAUAAACCUAUUGAGCCUCCAAAGAAGCCCGAAAAAGCUCCAUUUUUCUUGCCUUCAGUUCCAUCCCUAUCUGGAGAAAUAUUGUUUGAGCCUGGCAAGUUAUCAGUUGAAGAGAGGGACGGAGCUGGUGAUGGUAAACAAAUGAAAAAGACAAGAUUAGAUUCGACGUCAUCCCGUUUUCUGCAUCUUCUUCAAUCCUCAAACGUGGCAGAUAACUAUGGCGCAUUCACUGAUUACAUCAAAGGAUUAUCUCCAUCAACUCUGGAUAUGGAACUUCGAAUGCUUCAGAUAAUUGACGACAACGAUGAUGAACAAGGUGAGAAGAGACCGGAGUUAGUAUCGAUUGAACAGCUUAUGGAUUAUUUUAUCCAUGAGCUCUCCUGCAGAAAUAAUUUCGAGUUCCUACAAGCUGUCAUCAGGUUAUUUUUGAAGAUACAUGGUGAGACAAUUCGGCAGCAUUCACACUUACAAGAAAAGGCUCGGAAGCUUCUUGAUAUUCAGUGCAAUGUGUGGCAGAGGGUAGAUAAGAUGUUUCAGAGUGUAAGAUGUGUGGUUGGCUUUCUUAGUAAUUCCCAUAUUUAGUUAUGACAAAGCCCUCAAUUUCGAAACUUCAAUUAACGGCCAUGGAAACAAGAUGAAAGCGAAUCAUUGAACUGAGUAGCGGGUAAGUUAAAAAGUAUUUGUUCUACACUACAUUUCUUGGAGUGAAGAAAUCAGGGCAGCAAAUUGGUCAAAUCUGGUGGAGGUGGUUUAUAACAAGGAAUUAUUGUUUUACUAGGCUCCACACAUGAGCACUGAGAAAAUUUUGAAACAAGAUUUUGUAUCAGUAAAUUUUUGCAACUUAUUGAUUCCAUGAGUGAUUUAUUCAAUAGAAAUUUUAUAGCUUUAAUGCUCAACUUUUUCUUCCCCCAUACCAUAUUUCUUUACAGCCAAAGGGUAAUAUAGUUAAUGGGAUGUAAAGAGCACACGGAAGCAGGAAUUAUUAAUUAAAACUCUCUACUUGUUUAUUUACAUGAU